AUGACCGGCAACGACGUGGACAUGCAGCCGGAGGAAGACCAGCUGGAAGGCGGUGGCAACAGUCCGAAGCGGUGCGCGGCGUGCAAGUACCUGCGGCGGCGGUGCGCCCACGACUGCGUGCUCGCCCCCUACUUCCCGGCGUCGCACCCCCACCGCUACGCUUGCGUGCACCGGGUCUUCGGCGCCAGCAACGUCGCCAGGCUGCUCCAGAGCUUGCCAGUGGAGGAGAGAGGGCAGGCGGCGGAGUCGUUGGCCAUGGAGGCGCAGUGGCGGGUGGGUGACCCGGUGUACGGAUGCACCGGGAUCAUCAACCGGCUGCAGGAGGAGAUCCUCGUCGCGCAGUGCGAGCUGGCCAGGACGCGGGCGCAGCUCGACAUGGCCGCCGCGCGGCUACAGCUCCAGCAGCAGGCUCCCGUUCCUCCUCCCCCGCCGCCGCGUUGGCCGCAGCCAGCCGGCGACCACCACCACGUCGCCGUCGCGCAGAGGCAGGACGAGGCGCCGUUUCUUGACCCGGACGAGUUCCUCGAUCUUGACGCAUUUUGA